AUGAGGAUAUACCUCAUUCGACAUGGUGAGACAGUCCACAACGUGGCGCAAGUCUGGGCCGGGAGUACGGACUCUGCUCUCACGAACCACGGCAUGUUGCAGAUUGAGAGUUUGGGUCGAUUCUUUGCUAAUCGGCCGAUUCAAUUUGAUCAUGUUUACUCGUCUGAUUUAAGCAGAGCGCGCAUUACAGCCGAGGGUAUCUGUCGCAUGCAGCCUUCGAUGGUAAAUGGCGCACCAUUGACUCCUAUUCUGAGUCCAGACUUGAGAGAAAGAGAUUUCGGUUCAUUAGAAGGCGUGCGCAUACAACGUGCUACUGGAACCCCCGUUGAGAAUUUCUCGCAGAUUGUCACUGACAGGGAGAAGGUUCCGAUUGGCAAGGAAAAAGAGAGCAAGGAAUCCAUGCGCAAACGAUCGCUCAAUUUCCUUCAGACACAUCUAUUGCCACUUCUGCUAGAAGAAGAGGAGCAUUACGAGCGCAGAGUUGCAAUUGUGGCACAUGGGCUCAUUCUACGGGCUCUGUGGUUUUGCUUGACUGGAUUCUUCGAUCCUUCGAGCAUCUCUGUAAUGCCGGGCACUGCCGCAUGGAAUGGUGGACCGCCUGCUCUCUUGUCUCCUGUUUGGUCUAACACGGGCGUAAUGGAGAUUUUGAUCUCCAUGAGACCGAUCUGUUCAUCACCUGCGCCGCAGUACCCUGAUAUGGACCACGGACCUGAUGAAGCACUAUAUCAAGCUGAGACAGCACAGCCAGAUUCGAAAGUACUCCCGCUCUUGCAGGGAUGGUCAAUGAAGAUAGUGGGCGCGGACAAUACGGAGCACCUUGCUGGCCUGCGUCGCACACGGGGUGGCAUUGGGAGUGCUUCCUACGACAGCCGACAAAAGCGAAUCGAUUCGUUCUUCAAAUAG